GGUUUCUGCCGUGCGACUUAUUGGGCUUCCCGUUCGCUUCUUACAUAGCACGAUCCCCUUCGUUGGCUUUACCUAAAUAUCCAACUACCUAACCCACCUACCUUAGGUAGUGAAACAUACUGAAUUAUCUUCUAAGAACUCAUGCUCCCCUUAUACUUGGAGUAUUAGCUAACGGCAAACACCUACCUACCUAUCUACCUGUCAUAUUCUUAUUAGUUAAGAUCCGAUCCGCUGCAUACCACGAGGAAACACACAAAAUCAUGGGUAAACUCGCCCCCGUCAACCCGCGCAACUACCUCCCCUCGCGCGCGCACCCGGAGCACCGGUCGCGCCGCAAGCAGCUCGAGAAGGAGCACCCGUUCACGUGGAAGGAGCCGCUGGUCCUCGGGCUGAUCGGCAUCGGGCUGGCCUGGAACAUCGAGAAGCAGGUUCAGAAGCACGAGGAGCGGAAGGAGCGCGAGGAACAGCAGCAGCAGCAGGGACGAGAUAACAGUAACGAGCUGCGACGACGAAGGGACAAUCAACAGGGUCGUGGCGGAUCGUACGAUGGCGAGACUAGCAGUAGUAGUAGUAGGAGCAGGAGGAGGAGUAGAAGUACCCGAGACAGCGAGGACAGAUGGAGCAGUCGGCCGAGGAGUCAUGGCGGUAAUGGUGGUAGUGAGUACAGCGUAGGCAGGGACACGGUCGACGUGGAACUGGGUCGGAGGAACCACCACCAACACCACCACCACCGUCGUCAUCAUUAUCGCCAUGAUGAUAAUGAUGAUGAUGAUGAUGUCAAUCGUAUGCAAUCGGUGGAUAAUAUGCCACCACGGUACGAGGAGGAGGGCCCGCGGUAUAUCAACGACGACGACGACGACGAGGGCGGCGGGUAUUACGAACAAGCACGGUACGAUAGGGGAUACUACAACGACGAGAACAAUGAUGACGAUGGCCAGACAGAUUUGAAUCGGGAUUGGGAUCAGGAUUGGGUUCGACAUCGAGAUCGAGAGUAUCGUGGAAGAAGCGAUCGUCGCGACUCUUGGUAGUUGGUAUUGGGAUUACGGGUAUGAGAUAUAACGAUAUACUUACCACUUAUUAUCGCUCUCAUGAUUUGAGCAUACCAUCCAAACCAUUGAAAAAGGAGGAAAAUGUGUCAAGAGAAACAUUUGGUUUUGAUAUAACGUCUGGCCUGCUGUACAACGGUUAUUGCCGACCACAUGUGGUGUGCGGCGGAGAGACGUCAGUCAAUAUUGAAAUAUGCA